GUUUGUUAGUCAUCUUACUGUUUCUUCUUGCAUGUUCCAGGUGAAUCUCUGUAGCUCAUACUUAUUAUUGAGACGUGCGGUGGUAGCUUGUUUACGUCAGCUUGUGCAAAGAGAAGCUGCUGAGGUGUCAGAAUAUGCUGUUGCAUUAGUUAAAGAGAGCAGAGAAGAUUUUACUCCAGAUGUUAACAUCAGAGAAAUAGGACUGGAGGGGGCAUUGCUGGGCUUGCUGGACAAGGAAUUGGAUCAAAGAUUGUGCCAAGAUAUCAGAGAGACUCUGACUCAUAUGCUUACUUCAAUGGCGGUUGAAAAGCUCUCUUUUUGGCUAAAGCUUUGUAAAGAUAUUCUUGCUGCCUCAGCUGAUUUCAAUACAGUAGCUUCAGUAGAUACCACUCAAGAAGAGGAAACUUCGAAAGUGGAUGAUGCAUCUAUAUUAACGUCUGACAGCGAUGAGAGGUUCCAUCCUUUCAGUAAUCCACGGUGGUCUACCAGAGUUUUUGCUGCAGAGUGUGUUUGUAAAAUUAUAAGCCAGUGUGAAAAUGCAGGCAGUGCACAUUUUGACAUAACUUUGGCUCAGGAAAGAAAACAACGUGAUUCAAGGGAUGACUUUUUGGUAUUGCAUUUAGCUGACUUGGUCCGUAUGGCUUUUAUGGCUGCCACAGAUCACAGUGAUCAACUUCGUCUUUCUGGGCUUCAGACAUUGCUAAUUGUUGUUCGGAAGUUUGCAGCUGUUCCAGAACCAGAGUUUCCAGGUCAUGUAAUUCUGGAGCAAUAUCAAGCCAAUGUUGGAGCAGCGCUUAGGCCUGCCUUUGCUCCCGAAACUCCUCCUGAUGUCACAGCAAAAGCAUGUCAGGUAUGCAGUGCCUGGAUAGCAAGUGGUGUAGUGAGUGAUCUUAAUGACCUUCGAAGGGUUCACCAAUUGCUUGUAUCCUCUUUGGUCAAAGUGCAGGCUGGGAAAGAAGCACAAAGUCAACAAUAUAAUGAAAGCACCUCAACUAUGGAGAUACUGGCUGUGCUUAAGGCUUGGGCAGAGGUUUACAUAGUUGCAGUUGAAAAGCAGAAAAAUCAAAGUGAUGCACACAAUCACUGUUUAAAAGUUGCAAACUCUGCAGAAGAAAGCUACAGAGAUGUAACAUCUUCAGCCAGUGGACUUCUGGACUUAGUACAGGCAGAUCUUGGAACACUAAGCAGGCUCUGGCUUGCUGCACUUCAGGAUUUUGCUCUCUUGACUUUGCCUUCAGAAUAUGCAUCACAACUACCUGCUGAAGGUGGUACAUUUUAUAUAGCAGAGACAAUUGAAAAUGCCAGACCUCAUUACUACAACUCCUGGGCACUGAUACUGUAUGCUACAGCAUUAUGGCUUACUAGCACAGGUUUCAUUGUUGUUGAUCCGGAUGAAGGAGUUACUAACCUCUCUAGACCUGUCACCCCAACUACGAUGUGUCAAGAUUCUUCAUCCAGGCCUUUGGUGAAAUCUCCUGAGGAUGUGAAUACUGACAGAUUUCAUCUUAUCUUGGGAAUUAGUGUGGAAUUUCUCUGCUCUCCUCGAUCAAAUGCAGCAAUGGAGAACAUUAUUGCCUGCUUACGUGCCCUACAGACACUCUUCAAUGUUCCGUGGCCGAGGUCUAAAAUAGGUGGUGAUCAGGAGUUGGGUGUAGAGCUGCUGAAUGUUUUGCAUCGACUGAUACUCACCAGAGAGUCACCUGAUAUUCAGCUUGCUGCUCUUGAAGUGGUCCGGCUGAUUCUUUUUGCAGCUCAGGAACAUGUGAAGGAAAAGCGGAGAAGUGCAGAAGUUGAUGAUGGUGCUGCAGAAAAGGAAACAUUACCAGAAUUUGGAGAAGGCAAAGAUACGGGAGGACUGGUGCCUGGGAAAUCAUUAGUCUUCGCAACACUGGAGUUGUGUGUUUGUAUUCUUGUCAGACAGCUUCCCCAGCUCAACCCUAAAUUAACUUGCAGCCCUGCAGUUCAGUCUGGAAAACAUCUGUUAUUGUCAGAAGAUGGAAGUAGACUGGUAGCAGCAGCGUUAGUUAUUCUCUCUGAUGUUCCUGCAAUCUGCUCACCUGAAGGAAGUGUUUCAGUUCUUCCUACAAUCUUGUACCUAAUUACUGGAGUACUUAAAGAAACUGCUGUGAAGUUUCAAGACGGCCAGUUACCUUUGACGGUUGCUGCAUCGCUACAAGCUCUUAAAGGACUCUUGUCUUCUCCAAUGGCUCGAGCAGAGAAGAGUCAGACUGCUUGGACUGAUCUUCUGCGUAGUGCUUUGGUCACAGUGCUUGACUGUUGGGAUCAAGUAGAUGGCCUUCUCCAAGAACUUGAUGAAGUUAGCCUGCUUACUGCUAUUACAGUGUUCGUUGUGUCUACCAGUCCAGAAGUUACUGCCAUAGAGUGCCUUCAAAAGCGUUGUAUUGAGAAGUUUAAAAUAACACUUGACUCAAAAGAUCCUCUUGUGCAGUAUAAGUGCUACCAGCUGCUGCACUCCAUCUUUCAGCAUCCAAACAAAACUGUGUCGUAUCCUUAUAUUCAUUCUUUAGCACCAUCCAUUGUGGGAAAACUGCAGGAAACAGAGAAAGCAAAACCUGAAAAUGCUGCUGAACUUCAAGUCAUUCAGGAGGGAAUAAAGGUGGUUGCAGCUCUUACAGCCGCUGCUGAGGAAGAGCACCGUGCUCAUUUGGUGGCCUGCCUCCUUCCCAUCCUUAUUUCCUUUCUUUUGGAUGAAAAUGCCCUGGUUUCUGCAACAAACUCGGCAAAAAACCUACAUGAGUUUGCGUUGCAAAAUCUGAUGCAGAUUGGUCCGCAGUACUCGGCAGUUUUUAAAAAACUGAUGGCUUCCUCUCCAACUAUGAAAGCCAGGCUUGAGUCAGCUGUAAAAGGCAAUCAGGAAAGCAUCAAAGUGAAGACUGCUAAACAUGCGAAGGCUCCUGGGAAAAGUUCAAGCAUUCAGCUAAAGACCAAUUUUCUUUAAAGUCUCAUAUUGUCAUUUUAUGCACUUUUGAUAUCAACGGCAAAAAAUGUCCCUUUUAAUUUCUUAUCGGAGUAGGGUCACUGUGAGUUGAUCUCGUAUUUCAGUUUGCACUGAAGUGUUGCAGAAAGUUUUUUUAAGAGAAAGCAGAUCUCUAGAUAACUUUCUGUUAGUGUAAGACUUCUUAAACAUCUCUAAACACUGUGAAUAAAUCUAUCAGAGGUCAUCAAGUCUGUAUUUUUGGAUUAUUUUGGACUAAAAUACCAGAAAUGUGCAUGCCUGUA